AUGAAGUGGACAGCAUUCUUAAUGGUGGCUGUCACAACUAAGGCAAGGGAUUAUGUUUUAAUGAUGACUCUUCUAAUGGAAGUAUAUCUGAUAUCUACAGAGAGAAUCAUGAAGACCCGGAAGAUUAUCAUAAACCAUAUUUAGAAAAAACAAAUGAUUAAAACACUGCUACAGAUUAAUGACCAGCCUAGUUUAAUUACGCUUAUGAGCUAAGAAGACAUAGAAAGCUAGGACUCUAAUAGAUAAUCUAUUCUGAAAUAAAAUUAGGAUAUCAAGGACAUUUCCUCCUGCAUAUAACUCCCACAAUAGAAUUCUCACAGUAGAUCAAAGGCAUCUCAAUCAUAUGUACUCUAAGGAAAAAACUUAAAUACCAACUUAACUACUUUAAAAAGUCAAAAGACUAACUACAAUUAAAGAAAAGCAUCUUUGAUUUCAGGAGGAGAGAGUGAAGGUUCUGAGUAUCGAGAUAAAAUUGAUGGAGUGUUUAAGAAGUAGAGCUCUCUCAAAAGAAGAAGCUCUCUUAAGAAAAGUGAUAUGAACUUGAACUCUUAUUAGAAAGAUAACAUUAAAAGACAGACUAAGGAUUAAUAUUAGUAAGACUCAUAGCAAAGUUCUCAUGCAGAUAAUCUUAACAAAAGAAAACUAUAAAGAAAGUCAUCAAGACCUUUAAGCCAAACAAAUAUAAUAGUUGAGGAGAAUACUAUAUAAGUGAGCAAUAUACCAAUUAGUCAGAAAAAAGAAAUAAGUGAGAUAAAAUAUUAGUAACUACAGAUUCAAGAUAUUCUCAGGAAAUAAAAAUCUAUAUAAACAAAUAGACAAUAGCAGGCAAUAAGGAAUAUGAUCCUAGAAAAACUAAAAUGCAUGCCUCUUAAUAAAAAUGGCUUAUUGGUAAGUGGCUUGUAAUGCCAACCCACAGCUAUCUAGAAUCAAUAAAUUUAAAAAGCAUAAUACCCGAUUCAAAGAGUAAGGAAUAGAAAAUCUUCACAGCUAACUAAAUUAAACAACUCUGAAAUUAUCUCAGCAAGAAAUGUGAAUAUUGUGAUUGAACAUACUCCCCAGAAAGAUUUGAAGAUGCGCCCAAUAAGAUUUUCAGAAACUGUUUUGAAAGAUACCUAAAGCUAAGGAAUUUAGGCAACUAAAGAUGGAGAUGCCAGUGAAGGGAUUGGCUUUUAAUUUAAGGUAGAACUCUCAAGCAAAAAGGACAAUAUAGUCGUAAUCAAGGAUAUGUGCUCAAAUGAAAAGCAGCUCAAGAGUGAGUUCAGUCACUCCAAAUCUAAAUAGCAGAGUAUGAAUUAUAAUAACUCAAAGCUAAAAGAAACAUCUCCUCUCAGAUCUAAAUUCAAUUAAGAUAAGGAGGCUAGUCCAAUCAAAAGAUGGCUCAAAUAAUCAAAAACUUAAUACUAGGAAUCUUGA